UUCAGUAGCGCUUCUCCAGUCGUUCUGUGCAGUACGCGACCCUCAAAAACAGUCCGCAAAUACAAGUAGACUCUCGUGGCACAUUCGGCAGCGGGAAUUGCGCACAAUAAAAUAGUUAGUCCCUGGUGCGGAUAGAAAUAGAGCAGAUAUGCUAUAGAAAUCCGUGCAAAAGAAGAAAAGAAGAACAGAAGAGUGAGCGGAAGAGCGAAUUGACCUGAUUUCGGGGCUUAGGUUUUAAUUUGAAUUUGAUUUGUAUUAUUCUUUGUUUUUGCGCACUGCCACAACGCGGAACUAUUAUGCAAUGAAUAUAACCAGUGAAUGAGUGUGUGUUUGUGUGUGUGUGUGCCUCAAGUGCAAAACCCCAGACACGAGACACGACAGACAGCAGACAGACAGCAGACAGACAGACGAUGAAAAUGCCAUCGUCAGGCACAAGAAGAACUUUGGAAUCCGCGUGCAGUACGCUGAUCAUCGCACUGCUGGCGUUCUUAAUGAGUGUAUCCUGUACGGGGGGCGCCCGCGAUCAUCGGCGGCAGACGAAUCUGGAGGCAAAAGUGGGCUCCCACGUGGUCUUCAGCUGCUACAUCGAUUUCCCAUUCGACUCCCCCAUUCCGUAUGUUGUGCACUGGAGCAAGGAUAACAAGAAGAUCUUCACGUGGUUCGAGAAGGAGACGUCCACGAACGAGCUCUUCAAUGGGCGUCUGCACCUCGUCGAAGAGCAUCCGGAGUACGGCAGAGCAUCCGUGAACCUAACGGCCAUACGGGAAUCGGACCAGGGCUGGUACCACUGCCAGGUAAUCUUUCCCAAUCGCUCGCCCAGCAUCCGCAACAAUGGCACGCGCUACCACCUGACGGUGCAGGGCGGCUCCCUCAUCCGCAUUCCCCCCGUGAAUCAGACCAUCCAGGAGGGGCAGACGGCCUUCUUCCACUGCGUCAUGAAGUACCAGGACAACUCGCAGGCGGCCUGGUACAAGGAUGGGGUGCUGCUGCAGGAGGUGCAGGAUCUGGUGCGGCGCUCCUUCAUGGGCCCCGAUGGCAGCCUCAGCAUCGAUCCCACGAUGAUGAGCGACCUGGGGGAGUACGAGUGCAAGGUGCGCAACAACGAGGGCGAACUGCAGACGGCCAAGGCCUUUCUCAAUAUACAAUAUAAGGCCAAGGUGAUUUAUGCCCCGCCCGAAGUGUAUCUGCCGUACGGCCAGCCGGCGGUGCUCGACUGCCACUUCAGGGCCAAUCCGCCGCUGAAGAACCUGCGCUGGGAGAAGGACGGCCUCCUGUUCGACUCGUACAAUGUGCCCGGCGUUUUCUACAAGAUGAAUGGCAGCCUCUUCUUCGCCAAGGUGGACGAGAACCAUGCGGGCAGCUACACGUGCACACCCUACAACGACCUCGGCACGGACGGGCCCUCGCCCAUCAUUAGUGUAAUUGUGCUGCGACCGCCCAUUUUCAGCGUCACCCCCAAGGCCAUUUACAUACAGAAGCUGGGCGAGGCGGCCGACCUGCCCUGCGAAGCCAUCGACCGGGACGGAAACAAUCGGCCCUCUAUUGUCUGGAGUCGGAAAGACGGGCAGCCUUUGCCGCCGGAGCGGCACAGCCUCAGUGGCGGGAAUCUCACAAUCACGAACCUAAUCGAAUCGGACCGCGGCAUGUACGAGUGCUCGGCGACCAAUGAAGCGGCUACCAUAACGACGGAGGCCGAAUUAAUGAUUGAGAACAUUGCCCCCCGGCCGCCGUACAACCUCACGGCCAACAGCACGGAGACCUGCAUCACCAUACGCUGGCAGCCAGUUGCAGGAUACCUGCGGCCCAACCUCGAGUACACGGUGUGGUACCGUCUCACGGAGGCUCCCGAGUGGCGGACGAUGCGAGUGGUGGACAAGAACGUGAUGGAGGCGACCAUCCAGCACCUGGUGCCCGGCAAGGAGUACGAGUUCAUGGUCCUCAGCCAGGACAAAUACGGCGACGGAAUGUUCAGCAAGCAGUUCCGCUUCCAGACCCAACCAUCUCCUAUUCGAGCGGAGGAUUUCGAUGCCCAGCAAGAGCAGAACGAACUCGGCCAGCUGCCCACCUUCAGCGGGGGGAUGGGGGCGCCGACGAACCUCAGCGCCAUUAACAACCAGCAGGGCUGGCUGCUCCACUGGGAGCACCCGACGCAGGGACUCGAGGGCCUGCGGCUGUACACGGUGCGGUGGUGGAAGGAGCCGGAGCACUACCUCAUCGGCCAGGCGGAGACAUUCGACAACUUCUACCAGCUGCGGCACCUGAAGGAGGACACCACCUUCAAGGUGCAGGUGGUGGCGGUGGGCGCCAACAGCCAGCAGCAGGUGCCCAGCCCCGAGCUGCUCAUCGAUGUGCCAUCGCAGCGCAAGAUGCGGGCCCUGAUCAUCGGCUCGUCCGUCGGAAUUCUCUUUCUACUCUGCGCUCUGUGCGCUUUUUUAUACGUGAAAAGGAGCUGCCUGCGGCACCUGUUUGCCCGGGACAGCGAGGGGGCACCCUGCGAUGAGGACACUGCCGAGAGCGGGGACUGCGACAGCGACGAGCAGGACAGCGUCAAGAUCCGCCAAUCCUCCUGAAUGCUACAGAUCCGCUGGCGCUUCGAUGCGACUGCCAGCGAGGGUUCCCCUGCCACCCAGCCACUCUGAUUGCCAGUUGCCGUUGCCGUUGCCCCCAAUAAUCCAUUACCCCAUAAAAUACUGACUUUUUAAUUUAUGUCUAGCUGCUACCUGUACUAUAAAUUCUACUAAUUGUAAAUGCGGUUCAAAUCCGAGCCGAAAUUCGAAAUAAAAUAACUAAAAUCAACAA